AUGCCUAAUAAAGAAGAAUUUGAUAUAGACAAAGUUAUAAACUCCAAAAAAUUAAAGACCAUUGAAUCACAUACAGAAAGGGAACCUCCUUAUACUAUUUUUUAUUCACAUGAUAAACUACUAUUGAUUAUUGUUUUAUCUUUGGUUGGGUUUUGGAGUGCUAUUUCAAGUCCCAUUUAUUUCCCAGCUUUACCUACAGUUACAAAUUAUUUCCAUAUAACUCCUUCAGUGCUGAAUAUUUCAGUUGUUUGCUAUUUAAUAUUUCAAGGUAUUGCUCCUACAAUAUCAUCAAAUUUAGCUGAUACUUUUGGUCGUCGUCCGGUAAUAUUGGCAAGUAUCAUCAUCUUUUGUGCUGCUUGUAUUGCUAUUUCUCAAACAAAUGUCUACUGGUUAUUGGCUUUGUUACGUUGUGUACAAGCAGCUGGUAUUGCUCCUGUAUUUUCCAUUAGUUCUGGUGUUGCUGGUGAUAUCUGUACUCCAGCUAACCGUGGUGGUAUGGUUGGUGCCGUCUCCGGUUUACAAUUAGUUGGUAAUGGUAUCGGUGGUUUAGUUGGUGCAGCUUUAAUUGCUGGAUUCGACUCUUGGAGAGCCAUUUUUAUCUUUUUAUGCAUUGGUGGUGCUGUUACUUUUGUAUUUGCAUUCUUUGUUUUAGCCGAAACCUCAAGAAGAAUUGUUGGUAACGGUUCUAUCGUACCAAAAAACAUCAUCAACAGAGCUCCAUUGAUUUACCUUCCUCAUUUCAAGAAAAGAAUGAACAAUGCUGUGUCAACUUUACAACCAAAAGGUCCAUUUGAUAUCUUGGGUCCAUUCAAAAUUUUCUUUGAAAAAGAUGUCUUUUGUGUCAACUUACCCCUGGGUAUGCAUUUUGCAGCUUGGACAAUGGUUUUAACUUCGCUUUCAACUGAAUUAGAAUCAGAGAAAUAUAAUUACUCAGUCAUGCAUGUUGGUUUAAUUUACUUACCUCAAGGUCUUGCUUGUUUCGUUGGUUCAAUCUUAAUCGGCCGUGCUUUGAAUUGGUACUAUAAAUACAGAAAAAAUCAAUAUGAUAGACAAAUGGAUGAUGUUCCAUUAGAUGAAAGACCUCCAUUUAACUUAGCUGCUACCAGAUUAACUUUAACCAUUAUUCCAUUGAUCUUUAUGAUUAUUGGGUUAAUUGUUUUUGGAUGGUGUAUCCAAUAUAAACAACAUAUCAUUUCCAUUAUUAUUUCAACAAUUUUGAUUUCAUUCUCCGCUUCUGUGAUGAUGGCUAUUUGUACAACUAUGUUGGUUGAUUUCCAUCCAACACAAGGUGGGGCAUCUGCAAGUUGUGUUAAUUUAAUGAGAUGUUGGUUAUCUGCUUUAGGUGCCGGUGUUUUAGAUAAAAUGAUUGCCAAAAUGAAUUUAGGUGGUACUUAUACUUUAAUUGCUGGUAUUUGUAUCCUUACCGAUUUCUGUUUACUUUAUGUCUUAUACAAUGCUCAUCAACAAUUUGUCAACUAUGUCCUGCCUAACCAAACUGCAGUUAAUUCAGAUGCUGAAGAUGAUGAAACUCCAGCUAAAAUUUAA